AUGUGGAAGAAACUGCAGAACUCUUUAUUAUACUAUAUAUUGUUUACACAUGAGGACAAUUUCAAUAUAAGUAUUUCAGAUUAUGUGAAAAUAUGGACUAUACAGUUAACUACAGAACAAUUUACUUCAUGCCUCAAGGAAAGCAAUCGCAUAUUAAAAAUUGAAACUAAUGAAUUGAUCACAAAUGGGGUAGAAAUGCUUUUACAUCCAGAGAGUUUAAAAAGUGCAGAUGUUUCACAAGUUGAUGAGAACUUAAGAAUAUCAUUAAGUAAAUCAUUUGGUUAUCCUCUGAAAUUAACAAUAAUACUAAAAUUGGGGUCCCUUGAACUUUUCUUCCAAAAGGUGACAAAACCUUUAUUGAAAACAAUACAAGAUCUUCAUUGCAGUGAAAAAGAGUUACGCCUUUUGUUGCAAAGCAAAGAUAAGGAAAUAGAGGAAUACAAGGCUGAAGCAGGAGACAUUUGUUUAAGGUAUUUAAAAACUAAAACUUACAAUGAUGUGGCACAUAUGGAAAAACAUACAUUAUAUGAAAUAAAUUUUGGUUCUAUAAGUAUACUAGAGAAUUUACUAGAAAAGUCGGUUGAUAUACCUGAAGAACCAAUCAUAAAACAAGAUACACAUGUCAAAAUAGAGCCCGCAUCACAGGACACAAAUACAAAGGUGAAAACAGAAGUUAUGGAAUUGAAUCAAGAUAACAUUAAAAUGGAGCCACAUGACAUAUCAACAAUCAAAAAAAGAAAAAGAAAACUCAAUUUAUAA